AUGAUUACAAAUGAAUGCAAUCUCUACGACGAUCAAGAACUGUCGAAGAUAUUCAACAAAAUGAGCACCAAAUCGAAGUUGUAUUAUUGUUUUAUGGAGUUAAACAAGAAGAAUGGGAAAGGAAAAAGGAUUGAUCGCAUGGUAGGGAAGGUUACGUGGAAGGGACUCGAUAGAGGCAAGCCUAUUCAUGACAAUGAAGGAAGGCUUACUGGACGCAAGCGAAGUUUCGAUUAUAUCAACAGAGAAUCGAGUGAACACAGUGUGUGGGACAUGAAGGAGUACAGUCUUGAAGGUGUUUCUCUAGAAGAUGAUCAACUGAUCAAAGACAAAAAUUAUGUCCUAUGUGUGAUCAAAAGGAAGCGUCGCAGGGUAGAAAUCGAACAACAAGAGCAACCAGUUGAUGAUUCCGACAUUGACCAUUACUCCGUCGAAGACGACCAACCUGCUCCAGUUAUACAACAAGAAGAGCAACCUACUGCAACAUUUAUACAACAAGAGUAA